CCCGGGUACAUCAGGUCCUAGAGGUCCUAUGGGUCCCAACGGUGGUGAUGGACCCCCCGGACAGCCAGGUGGACUGGGCCAACCAGGAGCCGUUGGAGAUAAGGGAGAAGCAGGAGAGGGUGGAGAUCCAGGAUCACCGGGAGAAUCUGGUCCCCAGGGAGGUAAAGGCGAUAUUGGUGAGAAGGGGGAAUCUGGAGCUUCGGGAGCGGCGGGACCUCCUGGGAAGAAGGGACGUCCAGGAGAAGAUGGACCCAAGGGGAACAUGGGUGCCAUAGGUUUUCCAGGAGACCCAGGACCACGGGGAGAGGCUGGAACACCGGGUGUUGACGGUAUACCCGGAGAGAAGGGCGAUGGCGGAGAAAGCGGGAAUCCGGGACUACCUGGGCCUUCAGGAGAGCCUGGCCCAAACGGCCCGCCCGGACGAAGAGGGCAACUGGGGCCUGCAGGCAAAGAGGGCCGUCAGGGUGAAAAAGGAGGAAAGGGGGAGCGCGGAACUGAAGGCAUUGUUGGAAAGACGGGACCAGUGGGGGCACAAGGAUCCCCCGGGAAACCUGGAUCUGAGGGUAUGAGGGGCAUUCCAGGACCUGCUGGGGAACCAGGCUUACUUGGACCACCUGGUCAGACAGGACCUCCCGGGCCCAUGGGUCCUGGUGGACUGCCUGGUCUUAAAGGAGAUUCGGGAUCCAAAGGAGAUAAGGGCCAUGGCGGUCUUAUUGGCUUGAUUGGACCUCCGGGAGAAAUGGGAGAGAAGGGUGACAGAGGGCCCCCUGGAAUCCAGGGUGUACCCGGACCCAAAGGAGACCCUGGAUCAGUUGGACCAUACGGACCGAAUGGACCUCCUGGACCCAACGGCCUGGCGGGAUCUUUGGGGCAGAAAGGUUCGAAAGGAGCUCCAGGACCAAUCGGCAUGAGAGGAGAUCCGGGACAACAAGGACCCCCCGGCCCACCGGGUCGCCCAGCACAAGCCGUGCAGCCUCUCCCCUAUGAAGCAUACGACACGACCAGGAAAAGGCGGCGGCACUCGGAGAGUCUGCAGGGCGACGACGCAGACAUCGAUUACAUGGCUGACGGGAUGGAGGAGAUCUACGCCACGCUCGGGUCCCUGAAGACGGAGAUCGAACAGAUGAGGUGGCCUGCGGGGACCAAAGAGAGCCCGGCGAGGACCUGCAAGGAGCUGCAGAUGUGUCACCCCAAUUAUAAAGAUGGUGAAUAUUGGAUUGACCCGAAUCAGGGAUGUAACAGAGACGCCAUCAAAGUGUUCUGUAAUUUCACGUCGGGCGGAGAGACGUGUCUUCACCCCGACAAGAAGUUUGAGUCGGUGAAAGUUGCAGCUUGGAGUAAGGAAACCCCCGGAGAUUGGUACAGCACGUUCAAAAGAGGAAAGAAGUUCCAGUACAUUGACGCCGAUGGCAACCCCGUCCAUGUGGUUCAAAUGACAUUCCUCAAGCUCCUAAGCGCAGUAGGCCGGCAGAACCUGACUUAUAACUGCCAGCAGUCUGUGGCGUGGUACGACAUGUCGAAGGGAAAUCACGAGCAGUCGGUAAAGCUGAGGGCGGACAACGAGGAGGUGCUCAGCCACAGCCGCACACCACAAAUACAGGCGUUAUAUGACGGGUGCCAACUCCGUAAAGGUGCAGAACGAACGGUACUGGAGAUCAACACCUACAAGGUGGAACAUCUACCCCUCAGGGAUGUCGCCGUCAGCGACUUCGGAGACAGCAACCAGAAGUUUGGCUUCGAGCUCGGGCCUGUCUGCUUUAACGGCUAA